GUGAGGGUUGAACCAAGCAUUGCUUGUAUUAAAUCUCAUUUGGUUUCGUUUUACAAUGUUUUAGUGAGAAGUUGCAGGCAUCUCCAAAAUAUUUAAAACGUUUAUUAUAAGAAUGUGGUUACGUCAUAUGUAGGCCUACAUUAAAUACAAUACGAUAUACGAAUACGUUUGAGGACGGACAGUUCAUGAUACAAAUCAAAUUGAAUUCUUUGUUUUUGAACUAAACCUUAUUUUCUAGGUUAUUUUGAGAGACAUUUACAGCUCAGCAUGGCUUUGGUGCCCUAUAAUGAUACCUUACUGCCAGCUCUUUCCAAGUUGCACGAGAGCUCAGCUGAAUUCGAUCUGGCCAAUCACAGGAUCAGAAUCAGCCAGAACUGGAACCAGUUUGGUGUGGCAGCUGUGGUCUGGGACGCAGCGGUGGUGCUCUGCAUGUUUCUUGAAAUGGGUACCAUUGACCUCAAAGGAAAGCGAGCUAUUGAGCUUGGAGCGGGCACAGGUUUGGUGGGCAUUGUUGCUGCUCUUCUUGGCGCAAAGGUGACCAUCACAGAUCGAAAACCUGCCUUGGAAUUUCUGGCUGCUAAUGUGCAAGAAAACAUUCCUCCCAACCAGCAGCCUUCAGUGCAGGUAUCUGAACUCACCUGGGGGGAAAAUCUAGAUCUCUACCCACCAGGCAGCUAUGAGCUCGUGCUAGGAGCUGACAUUGUGUACCUGGAGGAGACGUUCCCUGCUCUAUUGAAAACCCUUGAGCACUUGAGCUCGGAGAACACUGUGGUCUUGUUGUCCUGUCGGAUACGAUACGAGCGCGACGAACGGUUCCUUAUGGACCUCAAACGGAGGUUCUCGGUGGAAGAAGUCCAUUAUGACUCCCAAAGGGACGUUCACAUUUACAGAGCGGUGAAAAAUACGAGCAAAACUGAACUGUAGGGACCAAGUCGUUAAAUACAUGACGUCCAAUAUUAUAUUUUCUUUGUUUGAUCAAAGACAAAAAUUCUGUCAGUCAUGUCACGUGCAUAUAACUCUUUUCAUCUGUGGAACACAAAAGAAAAUUGAGAAAUGUGUCUGUGGUUUUGUGUCAAUCCAUACAAUGGGGGUCAAUGUUGUUUGGUUAGCAACAUUCUUCAAAAUAUCUUUUGUGUUCUGCAGAAGAAAGAAAGUCAUACAGGUUUGGAAUGACAAGAUUAAAAAUAAAAACAAAUUUUUGGAUGAGCUUUCCCUAGAGCCAUUUCUGUACCUGGUCAGCGGAUGGCGCUGCCAUCAAGGACCAAGAUUCAACAGGAGACUUUGAAGAAAGUGGAUACCUGUUUUACCUUAAACUGUCUGCUGUCUUUUUCUAAUAGCCGCAAGUUUAAAAACAUAUACUUGGUAUACAAUUGUUGGAUUUUUAAGAUUACAAUUGGUAAAUACAAGCUAAAAGAAAUGUUAAAAGUUUAACACUUGUCACAACAUUUUUUUUAUUUCUAGGACACAGAAGAUGUAGCAUGU